ACGAGGUGAGUUUGUUUGUUUGGAGGCCAGUGCCGAGGGACGAUCGCUGCGCACGCGCACGGGCACGGGCACGGAGCAGCAUCUGGAUUUGGACGGGGGCGGGGGCGAGCUCGUAAGGAUCCGCGCACUUUAUCCGCAGCAGCUGCAAGAGCAGGGGUUUUGCACUCGGGCGGAUUUGGGCCUGGGGUUUGGUGUUGGUGUUGGUGGGAAAUUGGUGUGAAUCAGAAUGCCGAGGGGAUCAGCUCCUCCGUGGAGGCAAAAACCGACCACCAAGGAUGAGAAGGUCGGCGCCAGCACCAGCGAGACCUCGGUGCCGCCAUGGCGUCAGCCGGCCAAGCCCAAGGAGUUGAAGCACAGUGCGCUGUCGAUGAAAGCCACCAAUGAUCCCGGCGGCAAGGGUAAGAUGAUGUACGCGCCGCCCGCUGGCACCGGCCUCAGGAAUGACCCCGAGAAGGACAGCAUGUUCGAGCUGGACCCGCAGCUCAAGAUGGCGUUUCAAAGAAAUUUCCAGUUUAUAAGGAGAGUAUUUAGCUUCGACACGCUGUUCAAGCCGCUUCCUCGACCGAUUGCCAACACUUUGGCUCACAACUUUGGGUUUUUGACCCGCAUCUUUACACAGUUCUUUGAUCCAAGAGGUAUCCAGAAUGUUCAAAGAUCAAUCGGCCUAGGCCAAGAGCAAGGGGAGCGUAAAGUGAAGUAGAUGUACAUAACCCUACAGACGACAGUGGAUUGCAGUGUUUGUUUUUUGAAAAAAGAUUGGAGGUCCUGCACCUUGCCCAAAUCUCCCGCCGUAUCCCGACUUCUUUCACAUGGGUUGAAGGGCAGAUUAUUGGAAGUGAAUCCACAUGAAAUGGUGUGCAGGUGUUGAGGGCCGAAGGUAUUCAUCACUGUAGGAAUCAAUAGGAGAUCUGAUUUGUAACCGAUAUUUAUGAAAGUCCAUGAAACGUCUCUUAUGUCUCAGAACUGGCGUUUUUUGGCAACUCCUCGCAUGUUGUGGUCCACACACAUUCCCAUCGUUAAUUCGUUGUUCAAUAAUAUGAAGGAUGGAUGUCUUACAACUUCUGC